AUGUCGUCUGGAACAUCGUUCGCGGACCUCGCGCAUCAAGCAUGGGACACGGCAGCACAAGCAGCUGGCUUCUCCUCGAUCAACGAAGAGGCCGCAGCCGACAACAAAGACGAAGCCCAGUCUUCCGCGGCUGACGUAGAUAGUAAGAAGCCUUCGGGCAAUUCGAAAGCAGACGGCCAGCUGAACGAAGAUCACGAAGAAGAGCCAUAUCGAGGAGCCCCGGGCAAUCAUCCCAACGAUCCCGAUGCUCGCAUCAAUCACCCAGAUGCCGUCAAUGGUGAUCCACGCGGCUCGUCCAAGGAGUCUUCUGCAGAGCCGCAGGUCGACAACUCUGACAGCAAGGAGGCGAAUGGCGAAAAGACCAAAACCGAAUCUUCAGAGAUCAAGCACCCAUACAAGUCACGAGAAGACGACAUGGGCCAAUCCAUCAUCGAACGUGCGCUUGGCGACGACGGUCUCACCGCACAGCGACAGGGCACCAUCUACGACAAGCAGCUCGAGAACGAGAUGGACGGCUCUUAUAAGAAAACGCAAAAGGAGACCAAGCCUGAGAGCGCAGCCGCGGAGUUGGGCCUGCCUGUCCAUUCUGAACGCAACAGGAAAGACGGCAAGCACGAUUUCGCCAUCAAAGCCGAUGAGAACGAGGACGCACACCAGGAGCACGCUGCUAAUCGCGGUCCAUCCUGGGCUUCGCGUCCUGACGACAAGCAACGUGCCAAAAUUGCAAAAAUGAAGGAAGAACAGGCCAACGGUACUUGGAAACGCCGCUUCUCGAGCUUUGGCCCAUCUGGCUCUACCGGUCCCUCGACACCCGCCAAAGAGGCUGACGGAAAGGAUAAGGAAAAGGGCGGUGGUCUUUUCGGCGGCAAAUUCGAUGGCAGCUCACCCGCACGUCCCGUCUUGAGCAGCCUGUUCAGCUCCACCAACGGACACCGCCGAAACACAAGUCGCAGCAGCCUCGGCAAGGAUCAGAACGGCGACGCUUCGCCUACGGCCGAGAACAAAGGAAAGAAGUCCGAGUCCUCCGCCUCUAGGCCUGAAGCUUCGCGACAUUCCAGCCGCUGGGCGGACAACUCGAACAAGAUGCGCAACGCCUUUGAGCCUCCCACACCGGCUGCUGAAGAGGGGCCCAGCGACGCCAACGGCGAUCAGCAGCAGGAAGACAACAGCGACGUUCCAACUCCCGAGCUCUCCCCUGACGAUCAAAGGUUGCGCGCCAUCACAAAAAUCAUGCUCGGCUCUGAGAAGGAACAAGAGAAGAGAGAAAAGCAAUCCUCGGACGACAAAUCAGGCCCUGGCCUCGGUGGUGCGCCUCAAGCACAAACCAGAUGGGCGCAGCUCAAGCAGAAGGUGCGCGAUUCACAAAAGACCAAGAAGGAGCAGCAAAAGUCGAGCGCCGUCAACAUCGACCUGGCCAAGGAGCUGCAGACUGGCAUUCUUCCCGUCUUCCUCCUCAAGAUGGCCGUGGAGCGCGACGAGUCCAAGCACCGUCGUAUUCCCGUCUUGCUCAACCACCUCCGCCUCCGCGUCACGGAUAGCGUCAACCCCAUGCACAACACACACGCUGUCUUCCGUAUCGAGCUCGAGUACGGCGACGGCCUCGUCAAGUGGGUCAUCUAUCGCGAGCUUCGCGACUUUAUCAAUCUUCAUGCGCAUUAUCGAGCCGCAGCGCUUCGAGGGUACCUCGGCAGAUCGGUUGGGAAAAACUCGAGCGAGGGCGAUGUCGGCUUGCCUCAAUUCCCCAAGAUGAGCCUUCCGUACUUCAACCAGCUUCAACGGAAAGGCAAGACUUCGAAAGCCGAAUUUGCCCGCGCCCAGCGAGACUCGCUGGAGAACUACAUCAUCGAGCUGAUCCGCAGCACCAUGUUCCGUGCCGAGGCUAACCGUCUCUGCAAGUUCUUCGAGAUCUCGGCGCUGUCCGUGUCGCUGGCAAGUCGCGGCGGUCAUCAGGGCAAGCAGGGCUAUCUGCGCAUCCUGUCGCGCUCAUCCCGCAAGAAGGACCAGAAGAGCAUGCUGACGCCUGCCAAAUGGGCCAAGGCAUACGAACCCAAAUGGUUCAUUGUUCGCGAAAGCUUCAUCGCCAUUGUCAACGAGCCGGACAGCCUGCAACUCUACGAUGUCUUCCUGAUGGACAACGAGUUUAAGGUCGAACGACCUAAGCGUCUCUACAAGCAAACCAUGCAUCUGGCGCACGGGCUCACGCACAGCGAUGACAAGAAGGGUCCCGACGUCGACAGCUCCGAGCAGCCCGAUUCCAGCAAGAGCAACGGCAACAAGGAAGCUUCGUACGAUCAGACCGCUCUGUUGACCGACGGCCACUUCAAGGACGCGGACCCGACUAAACGGGAGGAAGCGCACAACGAGGAAAGGCACACGAGUAGCCAUACCUUCUACAUUCACAACGCCGAGCGCAAGCUAAAGCUGGUCGCCAAGAACGAGCGCAUGAUGGAGCAAUUCAUCGUCUCGAUGCAAAAGAUGGCUGCACGCAACAUCUUUGGCGGCACCAACCGCUUCGAGAGCUUUGCGCCUAUCCGACUCAAUGUGUCUGCGCAGUGGCUUGCGGACGGACGCGACUACUACUGGAACCUCAGCAAGGCGCUCAUGAUGGCCAAGGACCGCGUCUUCAUUCACGACUGGUGGCUGAGUCCCGAGCUCUACCUGCGCAGACCCGGUCAUCCGAAAUGGAGGCUCGACAACAUGCUCAAGAAGAAGGCCGAGGAAGGUGUCAAGAUUUUCGUCAUCAUCUACAACGAGGUGUCGAAUAACUUUACGCCCACCGACUCGAACUACACCAAGCAGCGUCUCAUCGGUCUUCACCGAAACAUCUUUGUCCAGCGCUCGCCCAGUCACUUCCAGACCGGAACCUUCUACUGGGCUCAUCACGAGAAGCUCUGUGUCAUUGACGAGACGAUCGCCUUCAUGGGCGGUUUCGAUCUGUGCUUCGGACGCUACGACACUCCUGCCCAUGUGCUGGUCGAUGAUGCUUUGUAUCACAAGCGCGAAGGUGACUCCGAUGCCGAUCAUGGCCUAUCGCAAAAGUCAGGCUACAUCGGCCCUGUCAAGGAUGGUCGAGAAGCUCACAUCUGGCCUGGUCAGGACUACGCCAAUGAGCGAGUCAUGGAGUGGCACACGCUCAGCAAGCCGGCAGAGGACUUGUUCCCACGUGAGAAGUUCCCCAGAAUGCCCUGGCACGAUGUGGGUCUCCAGAUCGUCGGGCAGCCGGCUCGUGAUCUGUGUCGCCACUUCAUUCAGCGCUGGAACUUCCUGCUUCGAAUCAAGAAUCACACGCGACAGAUGCCGUUCCUUGUGCCUCCUCCGGACUUCACACCGGAAGAGCUGCACAAGUAUGGUCUCACAGGUACUUGCGAGGUACAAAUCUGCCGAUCUGCGGGCCCUUGGAGUCUGGGCACCACCAACAAGGUGGAGCAUUCGAUCCAGAACGCGUACCUCAAGUCGAUUCAGAUGAGCGACCACUUUGUCUACAUCGAGAAUCAGUUCUUCGUCACGUCCACCGUGAUGGAGGGCAACAAGAUCGAGAACAAGAUCGGCGAGGCGCUCGUCAGUCGCAUCAUUCGAGCCCACCGAGAGGGCACACCUUGGCGCGCCAUCAUCGUCAUCCCGCUCAUCCCCGGUUUCCCCAUGCCCAUCGACCACCCGGACGCCUCUUCGGUGCGACUCAUUGUCGACCUGCAGAACCGCUCGAUCUCUCGUGGCGAGCAUUCCAUCUUUGGCAAGCUGCGCAGGGAGGGCAUCGACCCGGAGCAAUACAUCAGCUUCUUCUCGCUGCGAACGUGGGGCAAGCUGCGUGGAGGUCAGUUGACGACGGAGCAGAUCUACCUGCACGACAAGGUGAUGAUCGUCGACGACCGACUGGCCAUCAUCGGGUCGGCCAACAUCAACGAGCGCAGUCAGCGCGGUGAUCGCGACUCGGAGCUCGCUGCUGUGGUUCGCGACCACGAUAUGAUCGACAGCACUAUGGGCGGUCAGCCGUACAAGGUGGGUCGUUUUGCGCAUACGCUGAGGAUGCGGCUCAUGCGAGAGCACCUCGGUGUCGACGUGGACGAGCUCGAGGCGAACGAGCGACGCGGCGAAGGCAAGAGCAAAGGGUCUGCCAACGGUCAUGCGGGGUCCGAUGAAUCAGAGUCCGAAGAUUCUGAGGGCGAAGACGAGCCGGAGCUGGCUGGAACCGACGACGAGUGGGACCCUGAUCACGAACAGACCCACGGCGGUCUCAAGCGAGACGGUGAUCAGGAGGGCAAACCAUCCGACCUCAUCGACGUGCCCACCAACAAGGAGAUCGUCAAAGAAAAGGCGUCCACCCUCGCCGAACAUGGCAGUGGUACGACCUCGACGAUGCGGCGCCAGAUCAGAGAGACGCUCGCCAACGGCAAGGAGAAGGCCGAGGCCAAGGUCGAAGAGUCGAACGAAAUCUCCGACUCGGCGGCCAACCACAACGAGCGAUACCAAGCCGCCCGCCAAGAGCGCGUCAACCUGGCGCUGCAGGGCCAAGACUCGCAAAAGUUCGUCGACGGCAAGUACGACAACAGCAUGGAGCCUACCCUCGAAGAGAAGAUGAUGGUGGAGGACGGCAAUGCGAUCAACGGUCGAUCGCGACACUCGGCCGAACGAUCCGGUCAUGGACAGCAGCGCGACCACCGUCAGCUGCUCGGUUCUCUCAGCUCGUCCAGUCUGGGCCCAGACCGCGAAACCGAGAUGCUGCGUCGAUCCGAGCAGCGCAGUCGACCGCCCUCGCAGGGCGGUCUCGACGAUGCACGCCGUAAGCUCUCAAGUCGGAUGUCGAACGACCUCUGGAACCUACCCGCUGCAACGGUCGACAUCGACCCGCAUCGCUUCCAGGAUCCCGUCGACGACUCGUUCUACGUCGACUACUGGCUCACGUGCGCGGUGCACAACACGCAGAUCUUCCGCAAAGUGUUCAAGUGCGUACCGGACGACACGGUGACGACGUGGGCGGAGUACAAAGCGUUUGGAGCGUGGGCGGAUCGGUUGGCGCGUUCGGGGCGGUUUGGAGCGAAAGAGUCCAAGGCGGAACGGGAUGCCCAGGCACACAGCGUGCCGGGGGCCAGCGUGGGCGGUCCCGCCGGUCAGAUUCCCACCAGCGGCGACUCAAAGCACGAGUCGAAGGAGAAGGACGACGAUCAGGUCCCCUCCACGCUGCGAGACGCUGGGAAGGAGAAGGACAAGAAGGAAAAGGAAAAGGAGGUCGAGGGGUUCAGCGGAAGGGAGCUGGAGCAGAUGGAGGCACUGUUGGAGGAGUGCAAGGGGAGUCUGGUGUUGCAUCCAACCAGGUUCUUGGAGGCAGAGGAUCAUUCGAACAACUUCCUGUUUGCGAUGGAUCGGAUCAAUCCGCUGUUGAUCUACGAUUGA